UGAAAAAAAACCAAGAAGGAGGAAUAAAAUAAUAUAAUUAAUAGAUUAGAAAAUACACACACACAGAAAAUCAAAGAAAGAGACAAAAGAGAGAGAGAGAAGGAGGGUUAGACUCAGAUUCAGCAACCACCAACAUCUUCCGCAGACUAAGCCAUCCCUGUAUGCAGAUAUAGAUAGAGGAGGAUGAUGAUGAUGCAGCAGACAUAUAUAUAAAAGAAUCAAAAGCGCGAAGAAAGCGACAAAAAUAAAAACUAAGUAUAGAUAAAAAGGCCGGCCGGUUCUGUCCAUAUCUCGCUAUAUAAAAAUACCAAUAAGAUCUUCUCAAGAAAAAAAAGAAAAGCCCACUCUAGUCAUUCUUUUCUUUUUACCAGCUUGUUUUUAAAACUUCCACCACUUACUACUACUUCUACUUAUUGAUUAUUAUUAUUAUUAUCAUUCAGCCUUCUUCGUAAGUCUCUGUAUUCAUUCAUCAUCUGACCAUAUAUAGACAUACAUAUAUACCGAUAUCUAAUAAUAAGCUAGACAUCGGGGACGGCAAAAGAGUCUGCGGAAGGGAGUCUCUUUCUUUAUAUUAGUUGAUUUUGUGUGUGUGUGUGUGUGUGUGGAAGUGAUAAGGUGAAGAUGGAAUUGGAAUUAGAGUUGGGUUCGAUUUGCUUAGUGAUUCUGAGCAUUAUAGGUGGAUUAGUAGGGGUGAGAUGGAUUCUGAAGAGCGUGAAUUGGUGGGUGUAUGAGAUGAAGUUGGGAGAGAAGCAGUACUAUCUGCCACCAGGUGAUCUGGGAUGGCCUUACAUUGGGAACAUGUGGUCCUUCCUCAAAGCCUUCAAGUCCAAAGACCCUGACUCUUUCAUGUCUUCCUUCGUCUCCAGAUAUGGAAAAACAGGAAUCUACAGGGCCUUCAUGUUUGGGAACCCGAGUAUUAUUGUCACAAUGCCGGAAACAUGCAAGAAAGUGUUGACUGAUGAUGAGGCCUUUAAACCUGGUUGGCCUGUUUCCACCGUGGAACUCAUUGGCAAGAAAUCAUUCAUUGGCAUCUCUUAUGAAGACCACAAGCGUCUAAGAAGGUUGACAGCUGCUCCGGUAAAUGGUUACGAAGCAUUGUCCAUGUACAUCCCAUUUAUCGAGGAAAAUGUUGUAGCUUCUUUGGAUAGAUGGUCCAAUUAUGGGAAGCCGAUAGAGUUCUUAACUGAGACCCGAAGGCUUACUUUCAGGAUUAUUAUCUAUAUUUUUCUAAGCGCAGUGGAUAAUGAAGUAAUGGAGGCUUUGGAGAGAGAAUAUACAAGUCUUAAUUAUGGAGUUAGGGCCAUGGCAAUCAACAUCCCUGGAUUUGCUUACCAUAGAGCACUCAAGGCUCGGAAAAAUCUUGUGGCUGUAUUCCAAUCUAUUGUGACUGAGCGUAGAAGACUAAGGAAGGACAACGUCCCCUUAAAGACGAAAGACAUGAUGGAUUGUUUGCUCGAUGCGCAAGAUGAAAAUGGUAAAAAAUUGACCGACGAGGAAAUCAUAGAUGUUUUGUUGAUGUAUCUGAAUGCUGGACAUGAAUCUUCUGGCCAUACCAUGAUGUGGGCUGUCAAUUUCCUGCAAGAAAAUCCAGAUGUUCUACAAAAAGCCAAGGCAGAGCAAGAACAGAUUGUAAAGAAAAGGCCACCCACACAGAAAGGCAUGACACUCAAGGAAUAUCGUGAAAUGGAGUACCUUUCCAAGGUGAUCGAUGAAACUCUUCGUGUCGUAACUUUCUCACUCAUGGUCUUUAGAGAGGCAAAAACUGAUGUUGCUAUAAGUGGUUAUACCAUUCCCAAGGGUUGGAAAGUUCUUGUCUGGUUUAGGAGUGUUCAUUUUGACCCUGAAAUAUAUCCAAACCCAAGGGAAUUCAAUCCUUCCAGAUGGGAUGACUAUGUGCCCAAAGCAGGAUCUUUCCUUCCCUUUGGAGCAGGAAGCAGAUUGUGCCCAGGAAAUGAUCUUGCGAAGCUUGAAAUCGGAGUUUUUCUGCACCAUUUUCUGCUUAAAUACAGGCUAGAGAGAUUGAAUCCUAAAAGCCCCAUGCAGCACUUGCCACAUCCUAGGCCUCAAGAUAAUUACUUGGCAAGAAUCUCCAAAUGCUCAUCUUCAUAAGCACAAGGUUCAUAUCAGAGGGAUCAAAGCAAAUCGAAGCACCAAAGCAGGAAGGAAGUUCUAUUCCUGCUCAUCCAAUAAUAAGAGAAGAUCUUAUAAAUACUACAAUUAGUAAUUCUAUUUUAGUAGUGAGAUUAAGAUUACACAUGUUGUCUUGUGUCUCUCAUGUAAGUUUUUUGGUAAGAUGAGAUUCCCAGAUUUGUUUUGGAUUUGAGAAGCUCAUCUUAGGUUCUGCUUUCUAAAGAAAAUGGAAUAAUACAGAGAGAGAUAUGAGAGGAAACUAGUUUGUAAUGCUUGGAGGAACUGCAAAGGCAAUGAAAUGUUAUAUUAGUUAAUAAAAAUAAGCCGUCCAAAGACGGCGUUUGCUAAA